ACACAAGAUGGCGGCGGCAGCGGCGGGCGGCGGCGGUGGGGGGACUCUGUGACGGCGCCGCCAUGUUGGUGAGGGCAAUAACGGCGCCCGGGCUGCGCCGGUGGUGCCAGGGCCAGCGGGGCGCGGCCGCCGCCUGUUUCCCGCUGGGCCGGGCGCUGCUGGGCGUGAGGGGCGCCGAGGCCGCCGCCUUCCUGCAGGGGCUGCUCACCAAUGACGUCACGCAGCUGGUGGCGGAGGGCGACGCCCCCCCCGCGCUCUACGCGCACGCGCUGAACGUGCAGGGCCGCUGCCUCUAUGACGUCAUCCUGUACAGGCUCCACGGGAGCACAGCAGAGGAGCCUCACAUCCUGCUGGAGUGCGACAGCAGCGUCCUGGACUCCAUCCAGCAGCACCUGAAACUCUACAAAAUCCGCAGGAAAGUCACCAUCAGCCCCUGCCCCGACCUGUCCCUGUGGGCUGUCAUCCCUGGGGACACCAGCUCCCUCCCCAAACAUGCAGACCAGGCUCUGCUCCUCACCCCUGACCCCAGGGCAGAAGUCAUGGGCUGGAGACUGAUUGCAAAGAAAGGAGCAAAUCUGGCAGAGAUUAUCCCUGGCAGCCAAGUUGGAGAUGUUCAGGAUUACCACAGGCACAGGUAUAAACAAGGAAUCCCUGAGGGGGUGAAGGAUCUCCCUCCUGGCGUCGCUCUCCCCCUGGAAUCCAACCUGGCCUUCAUGAACGGCAUCAGCUUCACCAAGGGCUGCUACAUCGGCCAGGAGCUGACGGCCAGGACCCACCACAUGGGGGUGAUCCGCAAGCGCCUGCUGCCCGUCACCUUCCCGGGGCCGCUUCCCCCUGCUGGCGUCCCCGAGGGGGCCGACAUCCUCACGCAGGCCGGGAAACGCGCGGGCAAGUUCCGUGCUGGAGGGGGAGAGCUGGGCAUCGCCCUGCUGAGGCUGGCUCACCUCCACGAGCCGCUCUGCAUCCCCCUGGAGGGGGCCAGGGUGGAGCUCAGGGCCGCCACGCCCGAGUGGUGGCCAAAAGGGGCUGCUAAGUAGGUGAGGGAGCAGCUUUGGGAGAGGUUUGGGUGGGGAAUUUGGGAAUGCUGCUGUUCUGUGGGGAGGGUCUUGCAGGAUUCCUCACAGCGAGAACCCAAAGCUGUGGCAGAUCACUGUGGGUUGGAUCUGCAUGGAGAGAAAAAUCCAGGGAAUUGCAGCUUUUCCUGAGGGUGAUCCCCAGUUUUUUAGGGGUGCCAUGACUUGUUGGGACCCUGUAUUUAGGGGGUGCCCUGUGUUGUUGGGUUGGAUUCUGGAUGGAUCUCCAGGCUGACACUCACUCCCUCAGACUCUGCUCUCCCAAACAACGGGAUCAGGACUUUCCCUGUUCCAUGCACUGAUUUCUCAGUUCAGAAUUACCAUUCUGAGAUAUUAUAAUUUUAUUGGUUCACAAUAACCAUUCUGAGGUAUUAAAUCUUAUUGGUUCACAAAAACCAUUCUGAGAUAUUAUAAUUUUUAUUGGUUCACAAUAACCAUUCUGAGAUAUUAUAAUUUUUAUUGGUUCACAAUAACUAUUCUGAGAUAUUAUAAUUUUUAUUGGUUCACAAAACUAUUCUGAGGGAUUAUAAUUCUGUUGGUUUUUUUUUUUUUUUUUGAGUGGAGAUCAUGCUGCUCUUAUUAAGAUGUAUUCUCAGGCUGAAGUUUUUUGCUGCAAAUUGUUCCUUGCACUGAGCUUUUUCAAUUUGCUGGUGGGGCUGGUGUUUCUUCCCACCACUGGAAUUGUGUUCAGGAAGAGGAACACCUUGUGCUUCACAUGUCAGACCUUGAUUUUAACUCAUCCCUGGGGAAAAAAGGUUUCAAACCUCCUGUCCUGUCCCCUGCUUUGGUGCCAGUGGAGGGAGCAGAGCCAGUUCCUGCCUCCCCUCACUCAAACCAUUUUUUGGGAGAGGAAAGGGAUAUUUUCAGUGCCACAGGUGCUGGCUUGGCCUGGCCUUGCUGAGGGAGGAUUUUCACCAUGUUCUGUCCCUGCUGCCACCUGCAGCUGGGGUUUUCUCCAUCCACCACCCCAGGUUUUCAGAGCAGCCCAAUGCCUGGGCAUUUCUUUGCUUGAAUUUUUCUGCCUGCCAACACUCCUCUGCUUCCCCAGUUUUUCUUCUUGCUGCAACAUAUUCCUCUUAUUAUCAUAUUCCUCUCUUAUUCCAAAGCCAACCAGCUCUGUGCCUCCUGACCCUGUAAACUUGCAGUGAUUUAUAGGAACCCUUUUUAUUUUUGUAUUGUAAUCAAUCCAUUACACAAUGAGAGAGCUGCCCAGGUGAGAUCCCAUUUUCUCCAAAACAAAACCAAAAAAGCCUUUGCAUGAAUAUUUGUAACAAAACCCGUCCCAAAUCACAUUCUGCCUUUGUUUCAGUGUUACUGUGAAUGGAAUUUGUCUGUAAAGAAAAUGCUUAUAUUGAUUAAAAUUCUAUGGUUGUUGUAAAAUGA